AUGUGCGCAGAUGCUUGCGUUCAACUCAAGCACGCCCGUGACUGCUGGAACCCGGUCGUCAAGACGGCUCCCUCAGACCGCCAGCGAAAGCGUGAUCUCCAGCAAUACGGUCACAAGAGAUGGCUCGAAGAGUCAUGGCGCGACGACAUGCAUUUGUCUGGCAUGAGCCAUGAAGAUUUGCACAAGCGAUGGUUCGGAGAAGACGUCGUGGCAUGGAUCAAAUCCUUGUGGGAAGUGGCCAAAGAACCAAGGUACACGCACUUGGUCAAGGAUGAAUUCCCUGUCACUCUCUACCGCCACGAGAUGGGGCCCUGUAUGGCCGGUGGUGUAGAAGUUUACUCUUCUCUGAACAUCAAGGCCAACACAAAGGUCGACAUCGAGACCAUUUUUGGUAUGACCAUCAUCGCCAAACUGGGCACUCCCAUCGACUUUAGCAGCCCCUAUGUCUACUUCCGCAAUAAAGGCGAAGUCACCUCGGUAUUCACGGUUGACGCGCUUACAACAGCUCGCUUUUCACCUGGUGGUGUCGAAUUUGACGACAAGUGGGACGGUUCGAGCUGCACCAUCGAUCUUACGCUAGAUGGUUGGAUCAGAGUCUAUGCGUCUGGUCAAGUCGACAAUGCCGAUUCUUAA